AUGAAACUAUCAGUUAUUUUUAUUGUUGCAUUAGUAUUACUAGUUGCUUGCACUGAUCAAACUGAGGGCAGAAAGUUUUGGAAGAAAUUCGGGAAGAAAUUGGAAAGAGUAGGACAAAAUGUAAGAAAAGCUGCGGAAAAGACUCUCCCUAUUGUUCAAGGAUAUGCUGGAGUUGCAAAUCAGUUGGGAUAUGGUCGACCUUAA